AUUUAUAGUAAAUACUAUAGUAAAUACAUGUAACGUGUGUAACAAAGGCAAGGCAAAGUGUAAAGUGUUGUCAUAUAGAUGAUUUGUUUGAUGCGUUACAAUGAAUAUAAAAUCUAACCUUAAAAGAAAAUCACAUAUUACUGUGCAGUAUGGUAGAAUGAGAGUAUCAUACUGUUUAAAAUGUGUAUUUACAGUAAGAACUGUACUUAUUGUGAUGUACUUUAAUAUACCACUGUAACUUUUUACAAGAGAAAAUUCCCAAAUGUCUGCGUAUGUACAGUAUAUGUGACAAAAGGAGCACGAGUAAGUGCACAACGAAAAGAAAUGGAGAAACCCCACAAAUCAAAUAAAUCUCAAAGCAAAGCACCACAUAGUCACACGCAUUACCAGCCCCAGAUCUCUGCUAAAACGGGAGAUUUUGGUGUACAGUACCCAGAAGUGAACAGGCUGACCCGGAAGCUGUGCUAUCUGGAGGCGCAUAGAGAACAUCCAGCCUCUUUUCUGCUCUAUUAAAGCAUCUCCUGCAAAGAAAAACACACUGCGACCGCUACGAAAGAAAGAUGGCAGAGCCUCGAUUCAAUAAUCCGUAUUUCUGGCCACCUCCUCCCUCUAUGCCUGGUCAACUGGACAACCUGAUUCUGAUCGACAAGAUCAAAGAGCAGCUGAUGGCAGAGAAGAUAAGACCUCAGCAUUUGCCACCCACCACUCUACCCUCUCAGCAGUCCCUCUUGGUGGCUUCAACAAAUUCAGACGGGGGGCAACAUGUGAUGUCCAUCCCCAAGCUGCAGCAGAUGCCGGGUCUUCAGGCCCACAAUUCCUCUCAGCCUGACAUCGCCCUGCACGCCCGCCCAGCAUCCAGCAUAGUUUCAGAUCUGAACAUUGAUGACAAGUCAAAUGUAAAGACGAAGGGAUUAUGGGAAGACUGGCACAUGCGUCAAGCAGUGGAUCAAGCCACCCGAAUACACCAUCGCUCAGGUGGACCAAAACAAAAACACAAAUAUGUUUUUAGUAUGCAGCAGACGAAAUGUUAUAAACUUAUUUUCUAUACAGGUCUUACUUUGUCAUCCCGCACAGAGAGCCACAACACUUCCGAGGCCAUAACGCCCACCACCCCGACAUCAAGCAGUCAGAACCGCUUGGGCGGAGCACCAUCCCUAAACACUAUCGCCGGCCUGGCCUGCGGUCCUGGAAUGGAGCAUGUUAAAAGCGGAAGCCUGGUGGGGAUGCUGGGACCACAGCCCAAAGCUCCACGGGGUCGCAAGAAGAUUAAAGCAGAAAACAACACGGGACCCCUGCUGGUGUUACCUUACCCGCUUCUGGCCUCAGGUCCCGACCAGGCAGUCACCAUUGCUAAAGAAGGAAAAACAUACAGGUGUAAAGUUUGUCCGCUCACUUUCUUCAACAAGUCAGAGAUGCAGAUCCAUUCCAAGUCCCACACGGAGGCCAAACCCCAUAAGUGCCCUCACUGUUCCAAGUCUUUCGCCAACGCCUCGUACCUCGCACAGCACUUACGCAUUCACUUAGGCAUUAAGCCUUAUCACUGCUCUUACUGUGAGAACUCCUUCCGCCAGUUAUCACACCUCCAACAACACACCAGGAUUCACACUGGUGACAGACCGUAUAAAUGUGCCCAACCUGGAUGUGAAAAGGCAUUCACACAACUCUCAAACCUACAGUCUCACCAGAGACAACACAACAAAGACAAGCCAUACAAAUGUCCGAACUGCUACCGGGCCUACACAGACUCCGCCUCCUUACAGAUCCAUCUCUCAGCACACGCUGUCAAAAAUGCUAAAUCUUACUGCUGCAGCAUGUGCGGCCGUGCAUACACCUCUGAGACGUACCUUAUGAAGCACAUGUCUAAACAUACGGUGGUAGAGCAUCUUGUAAGUCAUCAUUCCCCACAGAGAACAGAAUCUCCUGGCAUCCCCAUCCGCAUCUCACUCAUCUGAGCUUCCCUGCACUUCCUUGCUCGCUUUUUUCUUCCAUUAAGAGGUAUUUUAUUCACGCGCCGGUCUUCCGAUGAGAAAAAAGAAGGCCAUGUUAGGUUGGUGCACAGCACCCUAGACCUCGAGAGGAGACAUCGAGUCUUCUGUUGUUACUGCCCGUCUAACUGUUUGAUGUUAUUAUCAGUCACAGCAACGUCUGGAUUGAACUGUUCAUGGCAACAAGAAAUUGACUUUUCCAAAACAAAUAGUUUCCAAGUUUUAUCGUUUUAUUUUAAAUGUGUGUAAGGGAGAUUUCCAAAGAUACUCUUGAAGCACUUUGCGGUUUUUGGGAGCGUUUUUUAAAAAUGGGAGCAACUUUCUCGCUUUGGGCAGCUAUGAGAGCUCCGACUUUGUUCUAGAAAGCGAGACGGCUGUUUAUUCGCCUCCACCUCACAUUUUCUUUAACAUUUUUAUUUUACAGUGGAUGGGCUUCCACUGUAAGUUUCUUUUCUAUCCUUUAUAAUGGAUAUUAGGUCAUGAUUGAAUAAUGAAAAUGAAUGUUUGCUGUAAUGUGGCAUCUGUUAAAUGAUUUUAAAGCCGAACGUGCGUAAUGAUUUGACAAGCACGGUCAUUGCCCCUUUAUUUUUAUAUUGGCAAAGCAGACUCCAAUUUGAGAAAUUCUGAGAAUGUUUUGCUUUGAUAAAAGAGCGUCAGUGAGACACGGCGCUCUCUAAAAUAAUUAGUGGUGUUUUUUGCAUCAUAGACGUUUUACUUGUUCGUUUCAUUUUUAUGUGUCGAGAUUUUUGUGCAAUGCCAUAGGAAUCUUCUAGAUUAUUCCUCCCCAUCCCACAUUUUGAGAAAAAAAGUGUCCCUUUGUCAUUAUUAUUAUUAAAUAUAACAUAAUGGCAUAAAUGCAUCAUGAUAAUGUCCAUUAAAUGGGUGUUUGUCAUGAUGUUACAGCAAAAGUGUGUCAAAAAGUGAAUCACACGUACGUGACCUCACAUCAAGUGCUGAUUACCUCUAUUCCUCCACUAACACGAUGCAAAAGCACCUUGAGACAUGAUCAUUACUUUUUAGAUUAUGACCCAAUCUGUACCCCAUAAUCUAAUAGCAGUGGUCUCAUUCGUGGCCGAAUCGUCUUUGUCAAAUUAGAAAUCUUUUACACUCAAAAUAUUGUAUUUAAAUUAGAGUGAAGUCUAAUUAUUGUAUUUUACAAUCAGAAUUGAGAAUUGAAUGUAGUCGAGUUCAGAGCUCAUCCAAAACUAAUAACUCUUACAUGUUCAACAGAUAUCUUUGUUUAUAUCAGCACGCAUGCUGAUAAAGAUAAUAUAGCAGUUUAACAUUUUUCACCGAAUGAAAGCAACCAUGGUCUAUUGAAUUAUUCUUGCCAAAUUUGAUCAUACGUGAUCAUGUACCUACUGUCCUUGUGUGACAUCGACAGGCCACAACCCUGCAACUGUAGAGCAUUAAUUUACUGCAUACCAGUCAUUUGUUAAGCUUCUCCUUUCAUUUAUUUGUGGGAAAACUGCCUGAGGUUUUUUUUUGCAAAGGACCAAGUUGUUGCUUUGAAAUGCUUUUAUAUAUGUUGCCGAUUUGUUACAUCAUAAUGGUUUACUUAAUCAAACAGGAUUUUAAAAAUAAGCAUUUGGUAAUGUGACCAAUAUGUAUCACAACUUUAGGUGACUUUCCUUCUUGGUGCUUUUAUGAGGAGGACUACAAAACCUCAUUGCCAGAAAUAGAUUACAGAAUAAUCCUGGUUUAUUCAGCCUUAAACGUUCCCCAAAUCAGUAAAAUGUGUACAUUUACUAUAAAAUAUACCCUGUAUUCAUGAAUAGUGAAAACUGCAAGGUUUAGAUACUGUAUAUUGUUCAUUUUUGUAUCCGUUUAGUAUUUCAGCUUAUUAAUAUUUGUUUUUUCUGUAAGUACUGAUCAUUGUUUUUCUAGACAUCCUCGUCUUUUUUACAUGUACACCUUCAUUUGAAAGACUGGUUUAUUUUUCUCCAUGUCAGUGUUUUUCAGUAUUCAGUUUACUUAAGCCUUUUUUCCACAUGGAACACAGUAAUCAUUAAUUAUUAUUAUUAACUGUUAACGUGUAUUACAAAUGACAUUGUUAUAUAUGUCCUGAAAUAAUUCACUUUUUUUUCUUCGUCUUGCAUUGUGGUUCCAUAUACAGAUUUUGUUUUUUAUGCACAGACAAGACUGAUAGAUAAACUAAGAAAAUAUCAAUGUCAAGAACACUUUGUAUCUCUAUCUUGUUUAUUAAAUUCAGACUGUUAUACCUGA